UGUGUCAGACAAGUGGGCCAGACAUAACUUGCACACAGAGGUUGGUCUGGAUACUAAAUAAAAUGGCUACAUUUGCAUUGUACACAUCAUGAGCCUUGGUUCCUGUCACCACCAGUGUAAUCUGAGAAAUCUGAGUUAUGAACUAUUUCACAUCAAGAUGCUCUGAAUGACUUGUUUACACCUCAGUGCAGAGUAAUGCAGAAUGUCUGGGAAGUCAGUGGAAGUCCCCUUUAAACUCCUAAGAAGAUGGUCCAUCCUGCCCAGGCUGGUCCAGGCUGAUGGGCAACGGAAACAAACCAUUAAAACGUAAAAAACACAUUUGUGCUGAAGUUCCGCCUGGACAGGGAGGAGUCUUGGGACGGCGGCUAAGAUAAGCUGAGAAGCGUGGAAAGCUAUACUGGCCACUUUACAAGCGUGGCUGUCUUUUAAUACAGACGGCGGCUCACAGUCGUAGGCUGAGGAAAGAGGCGGAGGAGACUUAGAAUAGAAACUCUGUGUAAAACAUAGCUCAACCUGGAGGAGCAAUGACACGGUUUACCUGUUAUUUUCGACAUAAGUAGGUUUGAGGAGGCGCUGUUAUCGGUGAGCAGGGAACCGUUGAACAGCCCACAGGCGCUGUGAGGUAGUAAUUAGCGUUAGGCUAACGGCUGUGAGAGGAGUUUAUAGAGAACGACAGCUUUAGAUGUGCGGCUUUCUGAGGUGAUUAUCGCUACUGUCUCCUCCAGAAGAGCCACCUCUCAGUUGUGGUUCUCCGCGGUGACGGUUGGAGACUCGGGGUGAACCUGAUCUCCAAGCGCUUCUGCUCCGCCCGCUCGCGCGUCCUCGAGCCGAGAGAGCUCGCGCUCCGGCCAUGGCAGACACACACGCUGUGAGGAGAAGCGGCGGCACACACACAUUCAUUAGCAGCUUCUGACUCCGUGUCCUGCGGUGCUGCCGACUGAGAGCGAGGGCUCCGAGCGCCUCACCGAGAGCUCCGAGGCGACCAUGUUAGUGCUGGGAGUUCUGACCGCGGUUUGUCUCUGCAGCGUUGUGAGCUGCACUUACGGCAGAUGGGCGGACAAACUCCACGCGAGUCGCGCGAACGAAGUGGACAAGCCCACCUCCCAGCCUCAUAUCAUUUUUGUUAUGGUCGACGACCAAGGCUUCCGAGACGUGGGCUACCACGGGUCUGAAAUAAAGACCCCGACACUGGACUGGCUCGCUGCAACGGGAGUCAAGCUGGAGAACUACUACGUACAGCCUCUGUGCAGCCCUUCCCGGAGUCAGCUCAUGACUGGCAGGUACCAAAUCCACACUGGGCUCCAACACUCAAUCAUCCGCCCCACCCAGCCCAACUGCCUACCCUUAGAGAACAUCACCCUUGCUCAAAAGCUGAAGAGUGCAGGAUAUUCCACUCAUAUGGUGGGCAAGUGGCACCUUGGCUUCUACAAGCGUAGUUGCAUGCCCACACAACGCGGUUUCGAUACCUUCUUUGGCUAUCUGCUGGGGAGCGGUGACUACUACAACCAUUACAAAUGUGACAGCCCAGGAAUGUGUGGCUAUGACCUGCAUGAAGGUGAGGAGGCUGCUUGGGAACAAGACAGAGGCAUCUAUUCCACCCACAUGUAUACUCAGAAGGCUGUGAGUAUUCUAGCCAGGCAUAACCCCAAACGGCCCAUCUUCCUGUACUUGGCAUUCCAGGCAGUGCACUCCCCUCUCCAGGUUCCAGCUCGCUAUUUGGAGCGAUAUAAAUCUAUCCCAAAUCUCCACCGGCGCAAGUACGCUGCCAUGGUCAGCUGCUUAGAUGAGGCUAUGCGCAACUUAACUCUUGCACUUAAGCGCUAUGGUUACUACAACAACAUGGUCAUGGUGUACUCUUCAGACAAUGGAGGUCAGCCUAUGGCAGGGGGCAGCAACUGGCCACUAAGGGGUAGCAAGGGAACCUAUUGGGAGGGAGGAAUACGGGCAGUGGGGUUUGUGCACAGCCCUCUACUGGUGAAGAAGGGUACUCGUUGCAAGGCCCUGAUGCACAUUACUGAUUGGUACCCAACACUAGUAACACUUGCCGAAGGUACCCUGGAUGAGGACCAGAACCUAGAUGGCUAUGACGUCUGGGAGUCCAUUAGCGAAGGGCGGCCUUCUCCACGUCAAGACAUUCUCCACAAUAUAGACCCCAUUUACACCAAAGCAAAGAAUGGCUCAUGGAAGGCAGGCCAUGGAAUCUGGAACACGGCCGUCCAGGCAGCCCUUCGUGUCGGAGACUGGAAGCUUCUGACAGGUAUUCCGGGUUACAGUGACUGGAUUCCUCCGCAGACCUUCUCCACCCUGCUGUUAGUUAACCGCUGGCACAACGAGCGUGUGCGCUGGGAUAGAGGAAAGUCUGUUUGGCUCUUCAACAUCACAGCAGACCCCUUUGAGCGUGUUGACCUCUCAAGGCGCUACCCACACAUAGUGAAGAAGAUGCUACUCAGGCUUCUACAGUACGACAAAACGGCCGUGCCUUGCCGCUACCCACCCAAGGACUAUCGAUCGAACCCUCAGUACAACGGAGGGGUCUGGGGACCAUGGUACUCAGAUGAAGAUGAAGUGGAGGAUGAAAAUGAUAACGCUCUUUCCAAUUAUUUAGGGAGGAGGCGUCGCAAGAAGAAAGUGAAACGGAGAGGGAAAUUCAAAAGGAAAGCCUAAAGCAAUCUGCAGUGAUUUUAGUUUUUCUAGAGACUUUAAAAGACUUGCAAUCUCAGGGACUGACAGACAGACUCGAUCUGUUUACAAUGUCAAUUUCACUGACAGAGUUCUAUAUUUAGAUAGAUUUACCUCUAGUUAGAGAUUUGAGAAUUUAUAUAAUGCUUGUAUAUAAGCAACAGCAGUUGCUGUUGUUCAUCUCAUUCUUAGGAAGAAACCCACUUGAAACACUGCUGUUUCCAGCUUAGACUUUGGAAAAUGCUUGGUUGGAACUUUAGAAGAAUAUUUAUUUUUAUACCCUUUAUUGCAUGCAUACUUUCUUUGUCCCUUAGAUUGUUUUUUGAUAUGUAAUGAUAGGUUAAAUAGAAAUGAUAGUAUAUAGACGAAGCUGAAUUCUUGGCAAACUGCUCAAAUGAGAGAGAAGUUCUAUUGUACGUAUGAUGAAAGGCUAUUUAGUUGCCAGAACCAAAACCAAGUUCAACAGAAGAUUCAGAGAUAAAGUCAGUAGUGGAAUACAAUUAGUAUUGUUUUUGUGACCUCAGAUCUUAGAAUUUUCAAAUACUAUGUUUGUCUUUUGUUCGUCUAAUUGUUUUGUGUGGUCCGGAACCAGUUAAACUUGAAUGAAAAAUAGUAAAACACAAAUGUGAACCCU